AUGAUUCGAUGGGCUUGUAAAUUCGUAGCUUUGAAAACCACUCUUUCUUCAUUCCCUCUUAAGAUCACUCCAUUUUUCAUAUGCAACAAUCACUUGCUGUUCGAUUUGCCCAGAUUUUGUCAUGGGUCCUGCCACCCGUUCGAUGAAAUGCCUCAAAGAACCCCAGGUCAUUCGUCUGUUGGGUUUUUUGAUGUUCUUGAUCUUGUUGAGAUUUGUAAAGUGACACCCAAUGUAAGAAAUGUAGGGAAUGUUCACGUCUUGGCAGUUAAGGUUGGUGUUCUUGCUCAUCUGCCCACUUCCACCUCUCUCGUUAUGGCUUAUGCUCGAGCUGGACAUUAUCGUUCUUCUGUGGCAGUUUUUAAUGAGAUUUCUUUUAAAGAUGUAAUAAUUUGGAAUGCAAUGAUGACGGGUUCAAUAGAAAACGGGAGAUUUAGAGAUGCAGCAAGUGUCUUUGUUCAAAUGUUGAGAGAAGGGAUCAAGUUUGAUUCUGUAACUCUUGUGAUUGCCAUUUCAGCCUUGUCAAGAAUCACAUAUAGAUUGGCAUAUCUACAGGCUGUUCACAGUUUCGGCUUAAAGGAGGGUUUGCUUUUGGACUGCGAUCUGUAUAAUGCUCUUAUUAAUGCGUACGCUAGACGCGGUGACUUGGGUUCCUCGGAGCGUGUGUUUCUUGAAACAGAUGUUAAAGACAGAAUUUCAUGGAACUCUAUGAUCAGUGGUUGUCUAAGCAAUGAUCAUCCUGAGAAAUCUUUAUGGUAUUUCAAGAAGAUGGUUUCGUGUGGAAAACAAGUUGAUAAUGUGGGAUUAUCGUGUGCUAUUGCAUCAUCAACUUGUUUGCUAGAUUCGCAUAUUGGUAACAUCGUUCAUGGGUUGGGGAUAAAACUUGGAUACGAUGAGAGCCCUCAUGUUUCUGUACUGAACGCUCUUGUUUCCUUCUACUCUAAGUGUGGAGAUAUCAAUGCUGCGUACACUGUCUUUAGAGGGAUAUACGCCAAGGAUUUGGUUUCUUGGAAUACUAUGAUUAACGGGUUUGCUUCAAACGGGAUGAUUCUUGAAGCAUUUCAUCUUCUUAGGGAAAUGCAGUUUAGAGGAUCAGUCGAACCAGAUACAGUAACAAUACUUGCUGUGCUUUCACUAUGUGCAGAAUCGAUGCUUUUAAGAAAGGGAAAGGCGAUUCAUGGAUUCGUUACAAGAAGAUUACGUGGAUCAGACCUGUUGUUGAUUAACUGUCUUAUGAACAUGUACUCUAAAUGCACCAAAAUGGCCGAAGCUGAGAGUUUAUUCGUAUCUAUACGCGAUAAAGACUUGGUUUCUUGGAAUACAAUGAUCUCUGGAUAUGCCCAAAAUGGUGAGUCAAGAUUUGCUCAAUUUUUGUUCAAGAAACUGCUGUAUCAGUCUUUGGAUUGCACUUUGUCAACUGUUCUAGCAGUUCUAUGUUCUUGCAAUUCGCCUAACUUUCUCCGAUUUGGGAAAUCGCUACAUAGUUGGCAACUGAAAUUGGGGUUCUCAAACAAUAUUCUUGCGGUUAAUUCCCUACUGUGCAUGUACACCAAUUGUGGAGACCUGAAAGCUUCUUACAUGUUGUUACUAAGUGUUUCGACAGUCGCAGACACUGCUUGUUGGAACGCGAUGAUCGCAGGCUGCACACAAAACGGAUAUUUCAUAGAGGCUUUAGAGACUUUCAAACUGAUGAGAGGAGAAGAACAUGCCAAACACGACUCUGUUACCCUUGUAAGCGUCAUUUCAGCUUGUGGAAACCUUGAAUUGGUAUUUCAUGGGAAACUGGCUCAUGGGUUCGCUCUGAAAACUUCGGUUGAUGGAGAUGUUCGUGUAAGGAAUGCUUUGAUUACGAUGUACGGAAGAUUGGGCGACGUUGACAGCGCAAUGAUCAUGUUCGAAUUGUGUUGCAAUCGCAAUCUUUGUUCAUGGAAUUGCAUCAUUUCUGCGCUCUCUCAGAACAAAGAAGCUAAAACAGCAAUACAUUUGUUUCAAAAUCUGGAUUUUGAACCUGAUGAGAUCACAAACGCUACAAUUCUCUCUGCCUGUACCCAACUUGGAACAAUCAGAUAUGGAAAACAGAUCCAUGGACAUAUCUUGAGAUCCGAUUUUCACCGAAACUGUUUCAUAGUUUCCGCUCUUGUCGACAUGUACAGCAACUGCGGGAGGUUAGACAUGUCCAUCCGUAUAUUCCAUACGUCACCACAAAAGACUGUUGCAAGUUGGAAUUCUAUGAUUUCUGCAUACGGGUUUCACAGCGAAGGCCAAAAGGCCAUCGAGAUGUUUGAAGAAAUGAUAAAGUCUGGAGAAAUCCCGACGAAAACCACUUUUAUCAAUUUGUUAUCAGCUUGUGCUCAUUCGGGACUAGUCGACGAAGGCCUCACGUACUAUGCUCGUAUGUUUGAUGGAUUUGGCAUAGAACCUGUCACCGAGCAUCAUGUUUGUGUGGUUGAUAUGUUGGGUAAAUGUGGAAGGCUAACCGAGGCUUAUGAAUUUAUAGAGAGGAUGCCGGUGAGACCAGAUCAAGGCGUUUGGGGAGCAAUGCUGAGUUCGUGUAAUUAUCAAGGAGAUCUUGAGAUGGGGAAGAAGGUAGCAGAUAUUCUUUUCGGUUUGGAACCUAAAAACGCUGGAUACUAUGUUUCAUUAGCGAAUGCAUAUGUUGCUGCUGGAAGUUGGAGUGAUGCAGUGAAGCUAAGAACGUUUGUGCAAGAUGUGAGGUUAAAGAAACCAGCAGGUUACAGUCUCGUUGAUGUUGGUUCGUGAUGACUUCAUAGGUAAGUCGCUAAACCUUGUUAAUUAUAACGAGUUAACGACACCCUGUGUCGGGCUCCAACUGUGAUUUUUAGAGUUUCGUAAAGAAAAUAUAUGAAUCAACAAUCAACUUGUGAUAGAUUUCACCAUGGUCUUUAUGGAAAAACCUCAUAAGAAACAUAUAGUGAGUCUGCUUGCAUACACCUCAACUAAUUCCAUGGUCUCCUGCAUGUUUACGUUUUCAUAAAUCCUUACGAAGCGUGCCAGAAAUCUUUUGGUGGUGCUGAGUUAGUCAUACAUGCUCUAACUCUUGUUUAUUUAUUUAUUGCUUCGAUCGUCAUACAUUAGUCUUUAUUCCUUCUACUUGUUUGUUCACACACUUGCAAAAAUCGAGGGUUUUCAUAAAACAACCGCUCUAACCUUUACGGAUAAAGGUCACAUUUGCAUACAUCGUACCCCAAAUGCUAUUUUUCAUACACCUUGUUUUGAGAUCUUCACCGUGGUCUUUAUGGACAAGACUUCAUAUAUAGAAUUAAGAAACAUCUCAACCAUCAAAACAAAACAAAGAAAGAAAAACACUCAUUUAACUCAAAGCGGAUGAAUGGAAAUGAAAAACCAAAUGGACCCAACAUAUCUCACUUGGAAGUAAGGUCUGAACAGUGGGAUAUAUAUAGGCCCGUUCUCCACCCCAAAGUGUAACGCUACUAGGAAACUUGAUAAAACUCUAAAGUGUGAAGUACAAGGGAGUUCGACAGAAUUCACUAAUGAUCAAUGAAAUUUGUUUAGAACACUUUGGCAUGGCCAUCACUCCAUUUUUGCGAAACAACUUUCUGUGAC